CUUUCAGUUUUGCUUUUAACAUGGGUAGCUGUUUCUAACGCUCUUACUCUCCACCCAGAGAAAGACAACAAUGAAGAAGAUGCAAAGCUUGUACAGGACUAUUUAAAUAAAUUCUACGCUAUUGAGCCAGAUCCAAAUCAACUUGGAUGGAAAAUAAAUGCUGAAUCCACAUCUGAAAAACUUAAGAAAAUGCAAACAUUUUUUGGUUUGAAAGUGACUGGAAAACCAAACUCUGAGACAUUGGAAAUUAUGAAGAAACCCAGGUGUGGAGUUCCAGAUGUGGGUCUCUAUGGUGUUACUCUGCCAGGAUGGAAAAAAACCAACCUGACAUACAGAAUUGUGAACCACACACCAGAUAUGAGCAAAGAGGACGUGGAUAAAGCAAUCCAGAAGGCAUUUGAAGUGUGGAGCACUGUCACCCCACUGAUUUUCACUCGUAUUUAUGAGGGAAUAGCAGAUAUAAUGAUUGCAUUUGGGACCAAAGCUCAUGGACAUUGCCCUCGUUAUUUUGAUGGCCCCCUUGGUGUCCUCGCUCAUGCCUUUCCACCUGGCAGAGGUUUUGGUGGCGAUGUGCACUUCGAUGAAGAUGAAGAUUGGACCACAGGCUCAGUCA